AUGCGGGUAACAAAUGACAAGGAUCUUACCACUUGCUUGUACUUGCUCAACAACAAUGAGAAAUUCAGAAAUUCCCGUUUCAUAGUAGAUUUCAAUCAAACUGAUGCUGAAGGUCAGACCAUAGAAGAAAUUGACAGACAACUCUGCAUUGCUAAUGAAGAACACAUAUUUGUGAAUGAAUUUGAUGGGGAACAACCCAACUCUAUUGAACAGAACUUUGGGAUUCAACAUUACCAGACUAAAAUGCUAACUCCAAACCAAACACCUCAACCACAAGAAAGACAGUCACCCAACAUUGCACAAAUUGAAAAUAAUGACCUAAAUGUUUCCCAACAUCCAGCUUCAAUGGACAAAGAUGUUGUCAAGAAAUGCAUGAAUAACAUUGCCAUUACACGUCAUCAACAGUACAAGGUUGAAAAAUCUUGCACACAAAGUUCAAGAUUGAAAGAAUCAGGACUUUUCAAAGUGAUUAAGUAUGAAAAGAAACACAGUUGUUCCAUAGAUUUCAUCACCUCUGACAUGAGGAAUGCAACAUCCAAAGUCAUAGCAGAGUACAUUACAGACCUAGUGCGCCAUACAUUACAAGAGAUAACACCCAAAUUUGUGAUUGAAGAAAUGUGGAGCAGAUAUGGGUUGCACAUUGGUUACCACAAAGCAUGGUGUUUCCUCCAACAUGCUUACGAUGUGAUAAGAGGUAUCCCAAAAAAGAACUACCAACUGCUACCACAAUAUCUUCAGAUGAUGAAACAUAGAAAUCCUGGCAUAGUUAUUAAUAUCAAGUAUGCUUUUUUUGCUUAUGGUGCAUGCAUUGAAGGUUGGAAACACUACAAACCAGUAAUGAUGGUGGAUGAAACGUUUUUGAAAUUGAAAUAUCGUGGUGUCCUCAUGAUAGCAGUAGCAAAGGAUGGCAACAACAGCAUAUUCCCUCUUGCAUUUGGAAUUGCAGACUCUGAGAACAAUGAAUCCUACAGGUGGUUCUUCAAACAUUUAAAGUUUUCUUUUGGCAUGCGAGAAAACCUAUCAAUUCUUUCUGAUCGCCACCCAGCAAUUGCAAAUGCAAUCAACCAAGUGUAUCCAGAUUGCCAGCAUGGAAUAUGCAUCUACCACAUGGAGAAAAACUUGCAGAAAUAUUUCCCAUCUGAAGCGAUUCUAGCCCUAUUCUACAAUGCAACAACUACAUAUAAACGGGAAGAUUUUGAGAGCUACAUGACACAAAUACGAGAAAUUGACCCAAAAGCUACAGAAUACAUAGAAGAAGAACCACCAAAAAGAUGGGCUCGUUCGUUUCACACCAACAGGCGUUACAACAUGCUUACAACAAACAAUGUUGAGACAAUUAAUUCUGUGUUGAGGAAAGCAAGGGAGCUUCCGGUAUUGGCAUGUAUAGAUUACAUACAAAACAAGCUACAAAAUUGGUUUUACAACAGAAGAUUAGAUGCAGCAGGCCCAUCCCGUGACCUGACAUGUUGGGCUGAAAUGAUGUUGCUUGAAAGGAUAAGUAGAGGCUUCACAAUGAAAGUAGAAAAUAUCACUGCUGUCAAAUUUGUCGUGAAAGAUGAAGGUAUACAGCUUUUUGCCGGAGAAAAAGGACAAAACAAAAUUGUUAUCUCAAAGACUACAACGUAG